AUGCGUGCGCGGUUGUUGUUCCUGGUGACGACAACCGCUGCGCAAAUCCACUGCAGCCAAUAUUCAGCUGAAGAAGGACUUACGGGAGGGCAGGAACCUGUUGAUGUUGAUGAGGUUAAGGAUAUCGUUUGGCAUGCAAUCCCCUCGUUAAACAUUGGAAAUGAUGGAAACUGGAUUGUGCCUUUUAAGGUAAUCUCGGCAACUCGCCAAAUCGUCGCCGGGCUACUGUAUCGCAUCAAUGUUUUUGUGACCGAGACCAAGUGCAGUCGUUCUACCACAGCAGUUGACGAAAUAAAUGCGACCAACUGCCCGAUAAAGCUGGAUGGAAGACUCGAGCAAUGGGAGAUCAGCUACAUGGAGCAGGAGUGGCUGGACGUGCACAACUAUACGGCCAAGAAGACUGCCGACGUCACGUGGGAUCAAGUGAAAUUGUUUAAAAAGAGU